UUACGAUGGACUCGCCUACCCUGGUGCUGGCUUGGCAGGCAGAGGUCUGGCUUACAACGGACUGAACGCUGGCCUUGCAGGCAGAGGCCUGGCUUACGAUGCAAUCUACGCCCCCGCCAUGGAGUUCAGCCCCACCAGUGGCGGCGCUCUGCCUGUCUCCAGCGCCUCCGCCAUCGCUCCCGUCGGUAUCUCCGUAGUGUCCGACAACGUGUAUGAGGGUGUUCUGUCCGCGGCUGGUGAGCUGCCGUUCGUGGGUACUGUGGCUAUGGAAGGUGUGGUGCCUUCUGCCGGUGCUGGCGCCGUCAACCACGCCUGCGGUAAUGGCAGAAACGCCAUGAUCAGCGAGACUACUGGUUUCGGUGCUGCUGGUGCUUAUGGUGCUGGCUUGGGAGCCAUCAGCCCUGCUGCUGGUUUUGGACCUGCUGCCUAUGGAGCUGGAAUUGGUUCAGGUCUCGGUCUGCGCAGUGGCGUGGUUGACGGCGCCAGCACCGGCAGAAGGCACCACACCUUCCAUAGCCACAGUACCCACGAACGGCAGCUCACCAGCCGCGGACAGAACACCCUCAUACACGUUGUCGGACACUACGGAGAUACCGACGGGAGCGAUGGCGGAGGCGCUGGAGACAGGCAGAGCGCCGCCACUGGUGGGGCUGAACUCCAUGGCGGGGGCGUAGAUUGCAUCGUAAGCCAGGCCUCUGCCUGCAAGGCCAGCGUUCACUCCAUAGGCAGCAGCUCCAAAACCAGCAGCAGGGCUGAUGGCUCCCAAGCCAGCACCAUAAGCACCAGCAGCACCGAAACCAGUAGUCUCGCUGAUCAUGGCGUUUCUGCCAUUACCGCAGGCGUGGUUGACGGCGCCAGCACCGGCAGAAGGCACCACACCUUCCAUAGCCACAGUACCCACGAACGGCAGCUCACCAGCCGCGGACAGAACACCCUCAUACACGUUGUCGGACACUACGGAGAUACCGACGGGAGCGAUGGCGGAGGCGCUGGAGACAGGCAGAGCGCCGCCACUGGUGGGGCUGAACUCCAUGGCGGGGGCGUAGAUUGCAUCGUAAGCCAGGCCUCUGCCUGCAAGGCCAGCGUUCAGUCCGUUGUAAGCCAGACCUCUGCCUGCCAAGCCAGCACCAGGGUAGGCGAGUCCAUCAACAUGUCUUCCUUCACUGUUCUGUUGCUCUGCAUCCAAGCUUGCUUGGUCCAGAAUGUGUUCAGCCAGUGUCUCGGCUCAUACGCACCUGCCACCAUCAUCGCCCCCGCCGCUCUCUCCACCGCCGCUCCCUGCGGCUCCGGCCUUGGCUACGGCACUGGACUAGCUGGGCUCGCCUACCCUGGCGCUGGCUUGGCUGGUGCUGGCCUGGCUGGCCCCUUCGGAUUGGCUUCUGGUUUGGGUUAUGACGGACUCGCCUACCCUGGCGCUGGUGGUUACGGCUCUGGAGUGGCCGCGUACGGCGGCGCCGGUGAAGGCAACGUGGCGGUCGCUGGUGAGCUGCCAGUCGCCGGUAGCACCGCUCUGUAUGGACAGGUGCCCAUCAUGGGCGCUGUGAGCUUCAGCGGUCCUGUGGCUGCUGCUGGUUCCGUGUCCAUAUCCGGACAGUGCGCAUGCGGCUGCAACGCUCCUCUCACUACUCCCGUGUACUGCUGA